GAACAGAAGUGCAAUCUCUCUCUCUCUCCUCCGACUAGUGUGUAGUAGGGCUUCUCUUCCUCCUCCGACGUCACAGUUCUUAAUCUUUCUGUUCACGGUGCACAUUAAUCACCGCUGAUCUAUCUCGCGCCGUCAGAGGUAAGGUCGUUAUCCUACGCCGAACUUCAAAGCUCUAUUUUGAUCUCUUAACCAAAAAAAAAAAAAAAGAGGAAAAACUAUCGAAGCCCUAAUCAACGCAGGAGCUUGGCUAUUUAAUCUAUUGCUUUUCGAUUCAUUGAUUGUAAUAGGCCAUUUUUGAUCGAGCAUACUAUCAUUUGAUUGCUGAUUGGGUCGGAGUGAGUGAGUUUCUAGGUUUUUUGCUUCUGUGUUUUUUUUUUGCCGUUUGCUGUAAGAUCUAUUUGCGAGUGAUUUAACGGGGCGGUGUAUAGGGAAAGCUUGAGUUAAGUGUCAUUUGAUGCGUUGCCGUAGCUUUGGAUCAGCCAGGUCGAUUAGUUAUUUGUGUCGGGUUCUGAGAUGGCCAAUCCUGGCGGUAUCGGAACCAAGUUUGUUUCCGUUAAUCUGAAUAAGUCUUAUGGACAGCCUCAUCAUCAUAGUCAUCAAUCUUCUAGUGGUUCUUAUGGGCAAGCUGGAACUGGUCGGGGCAGGCCGGGUAGUGGAGGUGGCGGAGGGAUGGUGGUUUUGUCGCGGCCUAGGAGCUCACAGAAGGUUGGACCGAAAUUAUCUGUUCCACCCCCCAUGAAUUUGCCAUCAUUGAGGAAAGAGCACCAGAGGUUUGAUGUAUCUGGAUCAGGCAGUGGGACAACCAGUGGUGGUAGGCCGGGUAGUGGGACAAGACCAUCGUCUUCUGGUAUGGGUUGGACUAAACCUGCUCCUGGUAUUGGGGUACAAGGGAAGGAUGGCACCGGUGAUGCUCAGGUGGUUGAAGAAAUGGACCAGACGGGACAUGGGGUUGAGGGCUUGAAUCAGGAGAAUGGGGCUUAUAUGCCACCUUCAGCCCGUUCUAGUGGGAUUGGAGCUUUAGUUCCUAGUUCUACUAAAGCUUUUGCCCCAUUGGCAGAGAAAGCCAGUGUUUUGAGGGGUGAGGAUUUCCCUUCAUUGCAGGCUGCUUUGCCGGUCUCUUCUGCGCCUGCUCAGAAACAAAAGGACAGCUUGAGUCAAAAGCAAAAGCCGGGUGAAGAAUAUUCCAAUCAGGCAAGGGACAAUUUUGGUUCACUUGAUAUGCGUCCUCAUGGACACUCUUCCCGUCAAUCUAUUGAGAAUGGACCAGUGGAGAGUGGCAGUGAAGGCCAUGAUCUGGGACGUUCACGCUUGGCUGAUCAACCUUGGAAGCAGGAAGAGUACAUUGCAGGUCCACUGCCAUUAGUCCGGUUAAAUCCAAGGUCUGAUUGGGCUGAUGAUGAGCGUGACACUGGACAUGGAUUUGUAGACAGGGGUAGAGACUCAAGGAUGGCAAAAGGUGAAAAUUAUUGGGAUAGUGAUUUUGACAUGCCAAGAACUAGUGUUUUACCACAUAAACCAGUUAAUAAUCAGUAUGAAAGGUGGGCUCAAAGAGACACUGAAACAGGACCUGUUGUUUCCAGUGAAGUUCUUAGAGGGGAUUCUUAUCGCAGGGACAUGAGAACAGCUAGUAGGGAAGGAAACAUGUGGAAAUCCUCACCUCUCCCACGAGAUGGUAAUGCUAUGGAAGCUGUAAACAAUCGAAAUACUGUUAACUCUAGAACAUCUGUACUGAACAAAGAUAUUGGGAAAGAUAGUAGGUAUGUUCCACCACAGUAUGGAGAAACUGCUCGGGACGUCGGAGUGACUGGAAAUCGUGAGUCCACAUUUGGAAGAAAGGAAACAGUGCAUGCAUCAGAAGGACAGCAGUACUUGAAUAAUGCAAGAGAAUCGUUUAACAGCAGAGGUUCUGAGCGUAUGACUAGAGACCGCUAUGGCAUUGAACAGUCUAAUAGAUUUGGCCUCCAAAAUAGUACUGGGCCCAAACCUUCAUUUGCUUCAUCUGGGAAAUCACUUACUAUAACUGAUCCUGUACCAAAUCUUGGUCGUGAGAAACGUGCCUUUUUGAGAAAUGAAAAACCAUAUGUUGAGGAUUUGUUCACAAAAGACUUUGUAUCUACAGGAUUUGAUGAAAGGGACCUCUUCUCUGGGGGUUUUGUUGGGGUGAUAAAGAGGAAAAAGGAUGUGGUUAAGCAGACUGAUUUCCACGAUCCUGUUAGGGAAUCUUUUGAGGCUGAACUUGAAAGAGUUCAGAAGAUGCAAGAGCUUGAGCGGCAGCGAGUCAUAGAAGAACAAGAAAGAGCUUUGGAACAAGCUCAGAGGGAGGAGGAAGAAAGACAGAGACUUAUUCGGGAAGAAGAAGAACGGCGUCGAAGGUUGGAAGAAGAAGCCCGAGAAGCUGCAUGGAGGGCAGAACAGGAGCGAUUGGAGGCUAUUAGAAGAGCUGAUGAGCAGAGGAAUGCCAGGGAAGAGGAGAGGAAAAGGAUGUUCCUAGAGGAAGAGAGGAGAAAACAGGCUGCUAAGCAGAAGCUUUUAGAGUUGGAAGCUAAGAUUGCAAAAAGGCAGGCUACUACAGAAAAAACUGAAGUUUCUGUUGUUUUGGAGGAAAAACUACCUACUAAUGUGAAGGAAAAUGAGACAGCAGAUCUGGAUAACUGGGAUGAGAGUGAGAGAAUGGUGGAACGGUUAACAACUUCAACAUAUUCAGAGGCGCCUGUUCUUAGCAGAGCUUCUGAGAUUGGUUCAAGGCCUUAUCCUCCAAGAGAGGGUUUUCCAAAUUUCGGUGACACAGGAAAAUCUAUUAAUUCAUGGAGAAGGGAUGUAUUUGGGAAUGGGAGUGGCUCACGUGUGCAACCACAGGAACAUGAUUUUGGUCACUAUAGUCCCCGUAGAGAUGCAACUGCUGGGGUCAGAGGAGCUCCUCGGAAAGAGUUUAAUGGAGGGAGUGGCUACAUGUCCUCUAGGAGUUUUAUGAAAGAAGGGAUGCAAGAAACUUGCAUGGAUGAGUUUGGACAUCCAAAAGAAGAUAGGUGGAACCUUUCUGUGGAUGCUGACUCAUACAACAGAGGCAGGGAGAUUGAUUCAGAAUUUCAUGAUAAUUUUGCAGAGAAGUAUAAUGAUAUUGGAUGGAGGCAUGGCCAUUCUCGUGGCAAUACUCGCUUCCCUUAUCCAGGUCGAUCAUAUCAGAAUUCUGAAACAGAUGAACAUUUCUCCUAUUCUAAGUCAAGAUAUUCUAUGAGACAGCCUCGUGUGCUUCCCCCUCCUACACUUUCAACCAUGCAGAGGAAUUCUCUCAGGGGUGCAAAUGAGCAUGCUGGCACCUCAGACUAUGUGGGCAGUGAAAACACACAAUCUACUGGAAGUGGAAGUACACAACAGACGGUUUAUUAUGGUGGCCAUCAAGAAAGCAGUGGUGCAUCUCUGGCUGUUGAUCUCCAGCAAGAAAACACUGCUAGAGAAGAGAAGAAAUUGAGAAAAGAUAUGGGUCCAAGAUGUGAUUCACAAUCCUCUUUAUCAGUUACAAGUCCUCCAAACUCUCCCCCUCAUCUCUCUAAUGACGAGUUGGAUGAAUCUGGGGAUUCUCCUGUUGUAUCUACUGCUGCAGGGGGGCAAAAGAUAUCACUCUCUGGAAAUAAAUGUCAUGUCUUGAAUGAUGAUUCUGUUAAAGAUGCCACGAGGACAGCUUCCAGUUCUAUAUCCGCUGUUGAGGAUGAAGACUGGACAACUGAAAAUAAUGAUGAUUUGCCACUGCAAGAGGAGUAUGAUGAGGAGGAAGAUGGUUACAGGGAAGAGGAUGAACUUCGUGAAGGAGAUGAUACCAUUGACCUGACCCAAGAAUUUGAAGAUAUGCAGCUGGGAGAGAGAGCACCAUCUCCUAAUUCACACAACUUGGUUUUAGGCUUCAAUGAAGGAGUUGAAGUGGCCAUGCCUAGUGAUGAUUUUGAGAGGAAUUUAAGAAAUGAAGAGAGCAUAUUUGACAGACCUGACACUUAUGUCCGUAUCCCUGAGGAACAGGGACCUAUAAAUGGUGUUCAAGUUGAUGAAAGCUGCUAUCAGCCUGCAGAAGGUUCAUCUCAGUCAAGUUCACGUAGUUCCUCUGGAAGGAUUGCAGAAACUGAAAAAAGUAUGCAGGAAGCUGUGAUGAAACCUGCUAAUGUGCCUCAUACCUCAGCUACAUCUAAUAUUUUGGAUGGUGUUGAUGCUCCUAGUACCUCCAGUGUCUCUGCUCAGCAAUCUCUGUCACCAGUUCAUAAACCAUUGUCUGCCAGUCAGACUGUCCUGCCAACUGCAUCUUCUACACCAAGUCAAGCUGAUUUACCCGUUAAACUUCAGUUUGGGCUAUUUUCUGGUCCAUCCUUGAUACCAUCUCCAGUGCCAGCAAUACAGAUUGGUUCUAUACAGAUGCCUCUUCACCUGCAUCCACCAGUUGGUACAUCCCUUGCCCAUAUACAUCCAUCACAACCUUCUAUCUUUCAAUUUGGUCAGUUCAGGUAUUCACCUCCUAUCUCCCAAGGAAUAUUGCCAGGGACAGCUUUACCCAUGCCUUUUAUUCAGCCAAGCCUGCACAGUAAUUAUAAUGUUAAUCAAGGCACUGUAGGUUCUUUGCUUACUCCACAUGCUGAAGAUGUUUGUUCAGGGAAGAUGACAGAUGGAUCAUCUCUUUCAAUAAAUAAACCGACUGGUUUUGUAAUGGGUUCUCCGGUACAAUCUCAUGGGAAUGUGCCAGAAUUAGGUUCAUCUUUAGUAAGAGCUACAGAAAACAAUGCUCAGACCCAUAAGAUCAACUCUGAGGCUUCUGGGGCAACUGAUAGUAAACUUCCUGAGGAAGUUGGUUUUCAAUGUGAGGAUAAGGAGCAGGGUAGUGCAGAUCUGCAAUCAUCUAAGGAGCAGAAUGUGCAGCCACCAUUGCGGAUAUUUUCUGGUGAGAGGAGUUCAGGUGGAUUUAAGGCUCAAGGCUCAUUCUCUGGCAACAGGGGUAAGAGGUUCACAUAUGCUGUUAAAAAUAACACUGCGAGGUCAUCUUUUACUGCUUCUGAGACUUCUUUCUCAGAGUCAAGUGGGUUUCAGAGGAGACCACGGCGGACAGUCCAGCGAACUGAAUUCCGAAUUCGGGAGAAUACUGAUAGGAGACAAUUAUCUGGCUCUCUAUCUGCUAAUGAUUCUGGUCUUGAUGAUAAGUUAAAUUAUAAUGGAAGAGCUGGAGGGGGUUUUCAAAGAAGUGGAUCUAAGAGAGGUUCCAUGUCUAACAGAUCAAUCAAACACACUGUAGAAGCUGAGAAUUCCAAGUCAGCCAAUAAUGGUUCUCAGAACAUGGAUUCUGAAAACAAGGCAAGGAAGGACAGUGGAAAGGAUCCUGUUAUGAAGAACCAGGGUCUAUCUAGCUUUAAUGAGGGGAAUUUGAAGAGGAACAUAUCUGAGGAGGAUGUCGAUGCUCCCUUGCAGAGUGGUGUUGUACGAGUUUUUAAACAACCUGGUAUAGAAGCCCCUAGUGAUGAAGAUGACUUUAUUGAAGUAAGGUCCAAAAGGCAAAUGCUGAAUGACCGGCGGGAACAGAGAGAGAAAGAAAUCAAGGCGAAAUCCCGGGUUUUAAAGCCACCACGUAAACCUCGCACUUCCAGACAAAACAUUGGAGUUUCAACGAGCUUAAAUAAGGUAUCUGCACCUGUGGGUGGAGAAAUUCCAGAGAAAACACAAUCAGAUUUUGUUGCCACUGAGGGGCAUGGAUCAGCUAACAAGGAUGAAUCCGUGGGAUACACUACCAGUGGUUUACAGCCACUUGCUCCAAUUGGUACUCCUGCCAUAAAUACUGGAGCUCAAGCAGAUAUCAGAUCAAACAAAUCCCUCCAUACCCCCACUGCUACAGUUGUAUCUGGUGAUGGAAGUGAUGGAGUAAACAUGAUGUUCGAGGGCAACAAAAAUGGAGAUGCAGUCAUGACGUCUUCGAGUUCCUGGGGUGCUCCACGGGUUAAUCAACAGGUUUUGACAUUGACACAGAGCCAACUUGAGGAGGCUAUGAAGCCUGUGAGAUUUGACGCACAUGUUUCUUCUGUUGGAAGUCACAGUAGUUCAGUCAGUGGGCCUUCCUUACCAUCAUCAAAGAUAUUGGCAAAUGACAAGUCUUUUGCAUCAACUGCAAGUCCAAUAAACUCUCUGCUCGCUGGAGAGAAAAUUCAAUUUGGUGCUGUUACAUCCCCAACAAUCCUCCCUGCUAGUAGCCGUGUUGUUUCACAUGGGAUCGGAGCUCCAGGCUCCAAUCGAUCUGAUGUACAAAUCUCCCACAAUCUUUCUGCUACUAAGAAUGAUUGUUCACUUCUCUUUGAUAAACUUCCAAACGAUUCAUCUGUUAACUUACAAGAUUCUGAGGCUGAAGCUGAAGCCGCUGCCUCUGCUGUUGCUGUUGCAGCCAUUACUAAUGAUGAGCUUGUGGAGAAUGGACGGGGUUCUGCAACAACUUCAGAAACUAAGAUCUAUGAAGGUGAUCGGCAAUUGGGAAGUCAAUCAAGAGUUGAAGAACCACUUAAUGUAUCUCUUCCUGCAGAUCUUUCCGUUGAAAAUCCUCCAAUGCCUUUAUGGCCACGUUUACCUGAUCCUCAAAAUUCUUCAGGCCAGAUGCUUUCUCAUUUUCCUGGAGGACCACCUUCUCACUUCCCCUUCUAUGAGAUGAAUCCUGUCUUGGGUGGUCCUAUUUUUUCCUUUGGGCCUCAUGAAGAACCAGUUGCCUCCCAAUCUCAGUCCCAAAAGAGUACUAGUUCUGGUUCUGGGCCACUUGGUACCUGGCAACAAUGCCAUUCCUCCAUGGAUUCGUUCUAUGGGCCCCCAACAGGGUUUACUGGCCCUUUCAUCAGCCCACCUGGACAAAUUCCUGGGGUUCAGGGCCCUCCACAUAUGGUGGUCUAUAAUCAUUUUGCACCUGUCAGACAGUUUGGGCAGGUUGGAUUGAGUUUUAUGGGCACUACCUAUAUUACUUCUGGAAAGCACAAUCCAACAACCUCAGCCAUGGGUAUUAAUGAAGGAGAUAUGAAUAACAUGAACAUUGCUUCCACACAGCGCAAUACAUCAAAUGUGCCAGCUCCUGUUCAGCAUCUUGCUCCUGGCUCUCCACUUAUCCCCAUGGCUUCUCCUGUGGCUAUGUUUGAUGUAUCUCCAUUCCAGCCUUCACCUGACAUGUCAGUCCAAGCUCGUUGGUCUAGUUUACCUUCGUCACUUCACUCUGCUCCUCUCUCUCAACCACUGCAACAAGCAGAAACUAUUCCGCCUGCCGCAUUUGGUCAUGGUCAACCAGUUGAUCAAUCAUUGAACGUCAGUAGGUUCACGGAGGCUCUUUCAUCAACUGCAUCUGACGGUUGCCCCAAGUAUACCGUGUCAACUAAUACUCCAGCUCAAUUUCCUGAUGAACUUGGUCUUGUUGAUUCGUCCAGAUCUGCAACUGGACCUUCUUCUGACAGCGGUGUCAGUCAGGGCUUCCCUGGAACUGCCACAGAUGCCGCCAAGAAUGAUACUCUACAGAAUGACAUUAGCAAUAAUAUUAGAGACCAAGCUACUAGUGGUUUCAAAGCUCAGUUACCCAGACAAAAGAAUGUAUCCGCCCACCAGAGCCAUCCUACCGGUUACACUUACCAAAGGGGAAGUGGAAUGUCUCAAAGGAACGCAGCCGGGAAUGAAUGGUCCCAUCGAAGAACAGGUUUCCAUGGCAGAAACCAAUCUUUUGGCGCAGACAAGGGCUUUUCAUCCACAAAAGUGAAACAGAUAUAUGUUGCCAAGCAAAGCACCAGUGGGACUAAAACUGAGGGAUGAGUAUUCCGGUUCUCGGUUUACAAGUUCUGAACCAGGGAUCACAUUGCUUUUGCAUAUCCGGUUGAAGUUUUUGUCUUUUCAAAACUUGAUGCUUUGUUUUAGAUCAUUUCUUUGAGUUGGUUGGUUUAUAGAUCUGGAUAGGUGGAUGGUGACCUUAGCUUUUUUUCCUCGUAGCAGAGCAAUUUUUGUCAGAAUUCAGUUUUGGAAGGCUAUUGUUUGGCUACUCAAUUACUCCCCAAGAUUAGGCUGAAUUUGAUCGUAUUCUUAUCUCUUACUUGGUAGCCUAUAUUUAUAGCUCUUUGAAAGCUCGCAAAACAAGUACGAGCAGCAAAUAUUUCUGUACACCGUAAGACGGAAUACAGAAUUGACUUUAUCCAUAAUGUUUUAUGCAGUAAUGUUAGUGUAUUCUCUUCAAA